AUGGCUAAGGAAUAUAAUGAAAAAGGAGUUGAAAAAAAUGAUUCUGAUAAUUUUUUUGCUAAUAUAGGGAAACAAAAUGUAGAAUCAGAAAACAUGGUAGAAAAUGAUCAAGGAAUGGCUAAUGAGUUGCUACAAAAAAGGUUUGAAUGCUUAAAUAAUACUAUUGAGAAUAUGAACAUUCAUUUUAAUAAUAUAUUAAAAGAUAAUGAAGAAAAAUAUAUAUUGGCAUUUAACACAUAUAUGUACGAUGUUCAAAAAGAAAUUCGUAUUUUGAAAAAUAUAGUGAAACAAGAAAAAAUAAAACAAUUAAAGGAUGAAAAAGUAAAAAAAUUGCAAAAAGAGCUUAAAUGGUAUAUCAAUGAAUGCUUGAGAUUAGACAAUUUUUCUGAAUUUUUAAAAAAAGAAGCCGAAAAAUGGAAGAGAAAUAGUGAGCUUAUGAAAAAUCACAUGAUAUAUUUAGAAGAAAAAUUAUCAAAAGCAUAUGAGAAAUUUAUUAAAAAGGGAAGUAUAAAAAAAGAGAUUUCCAAAAUAAAAAAUGAAAAAAACGAAAAUAUAAAUAACAUAGCUAGUAUGAAUGACGAUUGCACUAAGGAAAGUAUUUCUAUCAAACAGGAUGAAAAACAAAAAGAUGAAAAAAAUGAAUAUGAAAGUAAAUUAAAGCGUAAUGAAAAGGGAAAUGAUAAAAUAUAUAAAGAAUUGGAUUAUAAAAUAAAAAAUUUAGAAAAAAAAUUAAAAAAACAAAUAACCUUAAAUUGCAGUCUGCAGCAAAAACUUACAAAGCAUUACAUUGAAAAAUCAAAAUAUGAAAAAUUAUUUGUGGAUUGUGCCCAACAAAUUAAAAAGGACUUAGGAAAACUAACUAUGAGCAAUGAUAAAGAGAAAUAUAUAGAUGAGAAUUUUUUGUCAUUAAUAAAUGAAUCUAAGUUUAGUUAUUUUACUAAAGAUGAUAAAAAAAAGUUGUUAAUUUCUUUUUUUUCAUCUAACGAUUUGAUAAAUUUAAUGAAAAAACUGGUUUUUAGUAAAGAGCAAGAAUCUUUUAAUUUAAAACAAAAAAAUAGUUAUCCAAGUACAAGAAUAACAAAUCAAAAAAUGUCAGAUAUAUCACCAUUUAUUUUGUAA